UUGUCUUGAAUUAAUGGAUGUGUUAGUUGGUUUUCAGCAUGAUUUCUAUGAAACUGUAUAAACUAAUGCAUUCUGGGAGCCAAACAUUGGACUUUUUAGCCAACCUAAUAACACAACAGAAUCAGCAUCCAGGGACGUUCCUGCUGCCUCUUACAGGUGUUGGCAACAUUGUAUAUACUGGUGCAGCAUCCAGGGACGUUCCUGCUGCCUUUUACAGGUGUUGGCAACAUUGUAUAUACUGGUGCAGCAUCCAGGGACGUUCCUGCUGCCUUUUACAGGUGUUGGCAACAUUGUAUAUACUGGUGCAGCAUCCAGGGACGUUCCUGCUGCCUUUUACAGGUGUUGGCAACAUUGUAUAUACUGGUGCAGCAUCCAGGGACGUUCCUGCCACCUUUUACAGGUGUUGGCAACAUUGUAUAUACUGGUGCAGCAUCCAGGGACGUUCCUGCUGCCUUUUACAGGUGUUGGCAACAUUGUAUACACUGGUGCAGCAUCCAGGGACGUUCCUGCCACCUUUUACAGGUGUUGGCAACAUUGUAUAUACUGGUGCAGCAUCCAGGGACGUUCCUGCUGCCUUUUACAGGUGUUGGCAACAUUGUAUAUACUGGUGCAGCAUCCAGGGACGUUCCUGCCACCUCUUACAGGUGUUGGCAACAUUGUAUAUACUGGUGCAGCAUCCAGGAACGUUCCUGCUGCCUUUUACAGGUGUUGGCAACAUUGUAUAUACUGGUGCAGCAUCCAGGGACGUUCCUGCUGCCUUUUACAGGUGUUGGCAACAUUGUAUAUACUGGUGCAGCAUCCAGGGACGUUCCUGCUGCCUUUUACAGGUGUUGGCAACAUUGUAUAUACUGGUGCAGGAUCCAGGAACAUUCCUGCGGCCUUUUACAGGUAUUGGCAACAUUGUAUAUACUGGUGCAGGAUCCAGGAACAUUCCUGCGGCCUUUUACAGGUGUUGGCAACAUUGUAUAUACUGGUGCAGGAUCCAGGAACAUUCCUGCGGCCUUUUACAGGUGUUGGCAACAUUGUAUAUACUGGUGCAGGAUCCAGGAACGUUCCUGACACCUUUUACAGGUGUUGGCAACAUUGUAUAUACUGGUGCAGCAUCCAGGGACGUUCCUGCGGCCUUUUACAGGUGUUGGCAACAUUGUAUAUACUGGUGCAGCAUCCAGGAACGUUCCUGCUGCCUUUUACAGGUGUUGGCAACAUUGUAUAUACUGGUGCAGCAUCCAGGGACGUUCCUGCCACCUUUUACAGGUGUUGGCAACAUUGUAUAUACUGGUGCAGCAUCCAGGGACGUUCCUGCUGCCUUUUACAGGUGUUGGCAACAUUGUAUAUACUGGUGCAGCAUCCAGGAACGUUCCUGCUGCCUUUUACAGGUGUUGGCAACAUUGUAUAUACUGGUGCAGCAUCCAGGAACGUUCCUGCCACGUCUUACAGGUGUUGGAAACAUUGUAUAUACUGGUGCAGCAUCCAGGGACGUUCCUGCUGCCUUUUACAGGUGUUGGCAACAUUGUAUAUACUGGUGCAGCAUCCAGGGACGUUCCUGCUGCCUUUUACAGGUGUUGGCAACAUUGUAUACACUGGUGCAGCAUCCAGGAACGUUCCUGCCGCCUUUUACAGGUGUUGGCAACAUUGUAUAUACUGGUGCAGCAUCCAGGGACGUUCCUGCCGCCUUUUACAGGUGUUGGCAACAUUGUAUAUACUGGUGCAGCAUCCAGGAAUGUUCCUACUGCCUUUUACAGGUGUUCGCAACAUUGUAUAUACUGGUGCAGCAUCCAGGGACGUUCCUGCUGCCUUUUACAGGUGUUGGCAACAUUGUAUAUACUGGUGCAGCAUCCAGGGACGUUCCUGCCACCUCUUACAGGUGUUGGCAACAUUGUAUAUACUGGUGCAGCAUCCAGGGACGUUCCUGCUGCCUUUUACAGGUGUUGGCAACAUUGUAUAUACUGGUGCAGCAUCCAGGGACGUUCCUGCUGCCUUUUACAGGUGUUGGCAACAUUGUAUAUACUGGUGCAGGAUCCAGGAACAUUCCUGCGGCCUUUUACAGGUGUUGGCAACAUUGUAUAUACUGGUGUAGGAUCCAGGAACAUUCCUGCGGCCUUUUACAGGUGUUGGCAACAUUGUAUAUACUGGUGCAGCAUCCAGGGACGUUCCUGCUGCCUUUUACAGGUGUUGGCAACAUUGUAUAUACUGGUGCAGCAUCCAGGGACGUUCCUGCUGCCUUUUACAGGUGUUCGCAACAUCGUAUAUACUGGUGCAGCAUCCAGGGACGUUCCUGCUGCCUUUUACAGGUGUUGGCAACAUUGUAUAUACUGGUGCAGGAUCCAGGAACAUUCCUGCGGCCUUUUACAGGUGUUGGCAACAUUGUAUAUACUGGUGUAGGAUCCAGGAACAUUCCUGCGGCCUUUUACAGGUGUUGGCAACAUUGUAUAUACUGGUGCAGCAUCCAGGGACGUUCCUGCUGCCUUUUACAGGUGUUGGCAACAUUGUAUAUACUGGUGCAGCAUCCAGGGACGUUCCUGCUGCCUUUUACAGGUGUUGGCAACAUUGUAUAUACUGGUGCAGGAUCCAGGAACAUUCCUGCGGCCUUUUACAGGUGUUGGCAACAUUGUAUAUACUGGUGCAGGAUCCAGGAACGUUCCUGACACCUUUUACAGGUGUUGGCAACAUUGUAUAUACUGGUGCAGCAUCCAGGGACGUUCCUGCUGCCUUUUACAGUUGUUGGCAACAUUGUAUAUACUGGUGCAGCAUCCAGGAACGUUCCUGCUGCCUUUUACAGGUGUUGGCAACAUUGUAUAUACUGGUGCAGCAUCCAGGGACGUUCCUGCUGCCUUUUACAGGUGUUGGCAACAUUGUAUAUACUGGUGCAGCAUCCAGGAACGUUCCUGCUGCCUUUUACAGGUGUUGGCAACAUUGUAUACACUGGUGCAGCAUCCAGGAACGUUCCUGCCGCCUUUUACAGGUGUUGGCAACAUUGUAUACACUGGUGCAGCAUCCAGGGACGUUCCUGCCGCCUUUUACAGGUGUUGGCAACAUUGUAUAUACUGGUGCAGCAUCCAGGAAUGUUCCUACUGCCUUUUACAGGUGUUGGCAACAUUGUAUAUACUGGUGCAGCAUCCAGGGACGUUCCUGCUGCCUUUUACAGGUGUUGGCAACAUUGUAUAUACUGGUGCAGCAUCCAGGGACGUUCCUGCCACCUCUUACAGGUGUUGGCAACAUUGUAUAUACUGGUGCAGCAUCCAGGGACGUUCCUGCUGCCUUUUACAGGUGUUGGCAACAUUGUAUAUACUGGUGCAGCAUCCAGGGACGUUCCUGCUGCCUUUUACAGGUGUUGGCAACAUUGUAUAUACUGGUGCAGCAUCCAGGGACGUUCCUGCUGCCUUUUACAGGUGUUCGCAACAUCGUAUAUACUGGUGCAGCAUCCAGGGACGUUCCUGCUGCCUUUUACAGGUGUUGGCAACAUUGUAUAUACUGGUGCAGCAUCCAGGAAUGUUCCUGCUGCCUUUUACAGGUGUUGGCAACAUUGUAUAUACUGGUGCAGCAUCCAGGGACAUUCCUGCCGCCUUUUACAGGUGUUGGCAACAUUGUAUAUACUGGUGCAGCAUCCAGGAACGUUCCUGCUGCCUUUUACAGGUGUUGGCAACAUUGUUUAUACUGGUGCAGCAUCCAGGGACGUUCCUGCUGCCUUUUACAGGUGUUGGCAACAUUGUAUAUACUGGUGCAGCAUCCGGGGAAGUUCCUGCCACCUUUUACAGGUGUUGGCAACAUUGUAUAUACUGGUGCAGCAUCCAGGGACGUUCCUGCUGCCUUUUACAGGUGUUGGCAACAUUGUAUAUACUGGUGCAGCAUCCAGGAACGUUCCUGCUGCCUUUUACAGGUGUUGGCAACAUUGUAUAUACUGGUGCAGCAUCCAGGAAUGUUCCUACUGCCUUUUACAGGUGUUGGCAACAUUGUAUAUACUGGUGCAGCAUCCAGGGACGUUCCUGCUGCCUUUUACAGGUGUUGGCAACAUUGUAUAUACUGGUGCAGCAUCCAGGGACGUUCCUGCCACCUCUUACAGGUGUUGGCAACAUUGUAUAUACUGGUGCAGCAUCCAGGGACGUUCCUGCUGCCUUUUACAGGUGUUGGCAACAUUGUAUAUACUGGUGCAGCAUCCAGGAACGUUCCUGCUGCCUUUUACAGGUGUUGGCAACAUUGUAUAUACUGGUGCAGGAUCCAGGAACAUUCCUGCGGCCUUUUACAGGUGUUGGCAACAUUGUAUAUACUGGUGCAGGAUCCAGGAACGUUCCUGACACCUUUUACAGGUGUUGGCAACAUUGUAUAUACUGGUGCAGCAGCCAGGAACGUUCCUGACACCUUUUACAGGUGUUGGCAACAUUGUAUAUACUGGUGCAGCAUCCAGGGACGUUCCUGCUGCCUUUUACAGGUGUUGGCAACAUUGUAUAUACUGGUGCAGCAUCCAGGAACAUGAGGGGAACGUUUCUGUUUCUGCUUGUCCGCCUCCACUGCUUGGGGUCUUUUCCUGAAGUUUAUACGGUUGUAGUUGGUUGAAAUAUAUCAUUAAUGUUACUUUGUUUCAUUUUGUCCCUAUGUGGGACAUCAGACUUGAUUUUGUAAUGUUAUGACAAUGUAAGGACUGAACAAACAAGCAGACGCAACACAACGUGGCGUGACGUGACGUGACGUGACGUGACGUGACGUGACGCUGACCGACUUCAGUAGUUUCCCUUUGAUCAAGGGCAAAUGAUCAUGCUGGCGGACCAAUCGAUUGCUGAAAGAGGAUCACUGACAAAGUUAUUUUUGUACUGUGAAAAAAUGAGUUGUUUUACAACAAUGUGUUUGAGAAGUCAGUAAUAGAGGUAUAACAGUUUCUUAUUAUGGGAAAAUAAUUGUUACAUUUUUGGACACGAUCCAUCCUUUAAUGCAGCAUAUUUAAUUGUUUGUGAUGCACACGAGUGUAAUGCCAACCUCAUUAAAAUAUGAAGAUGUGAGGAUUACGGGUAAACAUCAGAACGACCUUUCAUCCAACCAAUCAGUGCAUCGCUUACUAGAUCAGGAAAGUAUCAGUUGAAAUGUGUUUUCUCAUCAUGCAACCUCAAAAUCUUAACACAGUUUAUUCCUAACAACAAUGAAGGGCUGUACGACUGAUUGCAUCAAAAGCAUCGUCUUGCUCUUGCUUCAAUGGGAUAACAUUUGAAACGGGAGAGACUUUCCAAAAUCCAUCGGAAUUACUACCAUUCAAUCGCAGCCAUCUGUUAAACAUUCCUGAAUUUUCAUUUGUUCAGUUUUCAAAUUUGAAUCAAUAUUUUUCAAAGCGUAGUUUUGCAUGGAUGAUGCCAGUAAGAAGCUAUGCUGCCAUAAAGCUCGAGAAAGCUGCUCUCAGAUUGGCUAAUGUCGACUUCGUGUUUGUCAUUUCAUUGGUUGGUGAAAGUUUGCAAAAGGUCAUUCUGACAUGACCUGUAAUAGAAUGUCCUCAGAUCUUUGUUUAGAAGGAGUGAGCACCAAUAUCUGAUUUUAUUGAGAUUGAUGUAAUGCGCACCCUCCGAUCUUGUGUACAAGUUUCAGGAUUAAACUACUUACAUUGUAUUGCUUCCGUUGAAUGCACAGGAACAAACUUGGUCAAUUUAAAUGAGAAUUUUGUUGUGAAGGUUUCUAGACAUGAUGAGUAACAAGUCUGUGGUAUUUUCUGUGCUGAUAUUUCUUUUAUACACAGAGAUUAAGUAAUUUAUGUUAUAACUGAAAACAUUAGAAAUUGCGCGUAGUUACUUUGUCUGGAGUCAACACUUACAGAAAUGUUGCAGCCUUCUUAUUUGAAGACCAAAUAAAAGAAAUUAUUAAAAAGUCUUUGUAUUGUUGGUCUCCUGCGCCCUGUUGCUAAGGUAAUCUAACUCCCAUACAAUAACAUAGACUUACGACAGUCGUAGUGCUAAGGUUAUCUAACUCCCAUACAAUAACAUAGACUUACGACAGUCGUAGUGCUAAGGUAAUCUAACUCCCAUACAAUAACAUAGACUUACGACAGUCGUAGUGCUAAGGUAAUCUAACUCCCAUACAAUAACAUAGACUUACGGCAGUCAUAGCGCUAAGGUCGCUUUGUUGCAACGGGGCCCUGAACAAGUUAUGAAUGUGUCUGUUUAUCCAUGACAUAGAAAUGAUGGAGUUCUGGGUGUUGAGUAGAAAGUCCUGUAGAGCAGUAAUUGAGUUUAAUAUUUUGUAUAUGCAGGUUUUUUUCAGACAUAUUUUUUUGUUAUUUUCAUCUGUUAUUAUUGAUGUCUUUCAUAUUAUUCAUAGAUAAUUUUUACCAUAGAUGCUUUGAUUGUUUUCAGUAUGUACAACAGGUGGUAGUAUAGCUCACCUGAACAAAGUCUAAGUGAGCCUAUGUCAUGGCUUGUUUCCCCCUGAAAAUUUUCCCCUUAGCGACGACUUAGUGGAUCGGGUUGUCAGGUUUAACCACUAGGCUACCCGACCGACCCUAAAAUUGAAGAAAAGAGAAGAAAACAUUCACAAAAAAUUCUGUUUAUUUGCGAUGUCAGUUGAACUCAAGAGUGACGAUUUCUAGAUGGAUGACGCUUCACAACGUUCCUGAUGAGUGAAUAUUUUGUAGUGCUUUUGCUACUUGUAGACAAUACAGAUAUAUGUUGUUUUUGUAGUCCUUUUUUGUUUUUUUCAAUUUUGUGACAAUUUGUGGCCGCUAUCUGAAUGUGAGUGAGGCCAGCAUUGUUUGAUGAAUCUGUGUUAGAAAAUAUUCACUGUGAUGUUCUACUCUUUGAAUCAUUUAUUUAUCUAGAUAUUUCAUGUUUAGCUAAUUAUAUUUUUUUAACUUUUUGGAUAUUUAAUAGAAUAAAAGUAAUCAACUUUUCAAA